GACUACUUUGGCUUUCAAUUUCAAUCCAAAAUGGCACAAUUACCUCCUAGAGUACCAAACAUGAUUAAAAAUUGGCCUGAUUUUUCACCACAUCAAAAAAUUGAAACCACUACUGUCAAUCACCAUCAGAACCCGUCAUGGGUAGAUGAAUUCCUCGACUUCUCAUCAUCAAAACGAGGGUCUCAUCGGAGAUCCAUUAGCGAUUCCAUCGCGUUUCUCGAAGCUCCAAUGGUUGAAGAAUGCCGAAUUAGGCUAUCGAGUUCGGGUACUCGGACAACAACGGGCACGGAAUUCGAUCGAUUCGACGAUGAACAACUUAUGUCUAUGUUUAAUAAUGACGACAUUGCAAAUAAUAAUAAUGAACACAACUCCAAUCCUUCGUCCCCUUCGGAUCAUAACAGUAUUAAUCACGAAGAAAAGAAAGUUAUUCAUGGAGAGGAGCAGCAUCCGCAACAGCUUAAGAUUGAACCUGAAGAAGUUGAAAGUUCAUGCAAGUCUGAUAAUGAACAAACUACUGCUGAUGAUCUUGCUGAUAGUUCUAGCGAAAAAAUCAUCGAUCCGAAGAGAAUUAAAAGGAUCUUGGCAAAUAGACAAUCAGCACAAAGGUCACGGGUGAGGAAAUUACAGUACAUAUCAGAGCUAGAACGUAGCGUUACUACACUUCAAGCUGAAGUUUCAGUAUUGUCACCAAGAGUUGCAUUUUUGGACCACCAACGUUUGGUUCUAAAUGUUGAUAAUAGUGUCCUCAAGCAAAGAAUUGCAGCUCUUGCCCAAGAUAAAAUAUUUAAAGAUGCUCAUCAAGAAGCAUUGAAGAGAGAAAUAGAGAGGUUGAGGGAAAUAUAUUACCAACAGAACUUAAAGAAGAUGGAAAAUGAUGAUGAUGAUGAUGAACACCCAAUAAAGACACAACAAGAUGUUAAUGGCUCUGAGAAGAAAGAACAGCUUGUCAACUGAUUUUUCAGCUAUAGGAUGAAAAAAGAAUGUAGCUUGAGGAGAAGCACUAAGCAGAUUCAUGUGGUGUUUGGACCUACCAAGAAAGUUUCUUAUUAUGGAGGGGACAAGAUAAGGUCACUUGAAUUCUUGCAUUGAUCUCUCAAUUUCUAGGGGACCAUAUAAACAACUUAAAUUGUUUUUCUGCUUAGGGAUGAGUGUCUUAUUAUUUUUAUUUUUAUUUUUCAAUCAUUAAUUUCUCUAUUUUUUUAAUUAGAAAAUAUUUCUAUGAACUACUUUCAAAAAUUUUAUUGUUGGAAGGGGGCAUGUGGAGUUCUUUGUAUUGGGGAUUGUGACUUGUCAGUUAGCUGUUUGAUGUCAGGGUUAGUCAGUGCUUUUCUUGUGAGUGGUUGUUAUUUUUAAUUAUUUUUUUUAUCUUGUUACUAUGUAUUAUCUUGGUAAAUGUAAAUAUUUCUUUCAUUUUAUUGUAUUUGAAAUC